UGAGAAAAUGAAAUGUUAAAUGUCUUGAGCUUCUUCAUCGUCUUCUAGUAAGUUCCGCGCAAGCUGUAUUGAGGAACUUUGGACUGUGAUGAAGAGCUUUGAUCUGUGGACAGAAACCUUAUGGAAGAUGCAAGACCAUUGUUGAGGAAAGGCCUUUAAAGAUUGCCUCAUCAGCUCAGGUACAGAUGUCUUUAUAACCAUACCAUUUAAAACCUGAGGACAGCACCUUCAGGAGGAUGGUUGUCGCCAAAAAAGGCUGACAAAACCUUAACGAGAAAACUCUGAAGACUUCACAGACAAGAAAUGGAGCAAAUAGAAGAACAGCUGGAGCAGAAACUGAUCUGCUGUCCCAUCUGUUAUGAUGUUCUGAAGGACCCUGUGACUAUUGCCUGUGGACACAACUACUGCAUGAACUGUAUUAAGUUCCACUGGGACACAGAGGAUGAGAGGAGUAUCUACAGCUGCCCUCUGUGUAGAGGGACCCUCAGACAAAGGCCUAACCUGGUGAAGAACACUUUGUUAGCACAUUUAGUGGCACACCUGAAUAAGUCUGGUCUCCCUGCUGCUCCUGCUGAUGACUGCUAUGCCGGAGCUGAAGAUGUGGCUUGUGCUGUCUGCACGGAUAGAAAACUGAAAGCUCUCAAGUCCUGUAUGGUUUGUUUAGCGUCUUACUGUGGGAAACACCUUGAGCCUCAUUAUAAAACACCUCCGUUUAAAAAACACAAGCUGGUCGACCCUACCGUCUCACUGAAAGAGACUCCAGUGGAUGCUCUACUGUCACAAACGGAGCUCAAGACCAGAGCUGAAUUCUUACAGUAUUCACAGGACAUCACUCUGGAUCCAAAAACGGCGUAUAAACAUCUAUUUUUAUCUGAGGGAAACCGAAAAGUGACAUUAAUAAGGGAGGAAAACUCUUAUUCUAGCCAUCCAGACCGAUUCACGUCUUGGUUACAGGUCCUCAGUCGAGAGAGUCUGACUGGACGUUGUUACUGGGAGGUGGAGUGGAGAGGGGAAGUCGUUCAUGUCGCAGUCUCAUACAAGAACAUCCACAGAGCAGGAGACUCGGACGAGUGUGUGUUUGGAUACAACAACAAAUCUUGGUCGUUCCGUUGCGAGCAGAACAGAUGUUACCUUUAUUGCAACAACACCUGGACUAAGGUCUUAUGUGGUGCGUCCCCCAGAGUAGGAGUGUACCUGGAUCACAGUGUAGGUCUUCUGUCCUUGUACAGAAUCUCGGACACCAUGACUCCUCUCCACAGAGUCCAGACUACAUUCACUGAGCCUCUCUACGCCGGAAUCAGGUUUUAUUCUUGUCCUGGAUCCACAGCUGAGUUCUGUAAACUCACAUAGACAAACGCUGUGGGCGGGUACUUUGACAUCCUGGUAUUUCUUGUUGUGUUGAUGUUUACGUUUGUUGAGGUGGAGCCAGUGUUGCAGCACUCGUGUCCCCUUGCUUAUCUAUUAAUUUCAUUGCUGCUUUUUUGAUUGUUGCAAUUAUUUCUUAACUGCUGUAUUUUUUAUUUAUAUUUAUUUAUGUUUCAUUUCUUGUCGAUUUGAAUGUACAAUUGUUUGUGUCAUUUUAGUGAUCCCCAUUCUAUUCGAUUCAUCGUACUUCCUAAGACAUCUGUUCCAUGUUUUUUUUUUUUUUUCAUGACAAUAAAAUUGUCAAUAAUGUUU